AUGAGUAAGCUUUCAAGUGACGAGCUUAGGGAAUCCGUUGUCAAGGUAUUGAGUGAGAAGGACAAAAGAAAGUUCACCCAAACCGUUGAUCUCCAAAUCAAAUUGAAGAACUAUGAUCCAUCCAAGGAUAAGCGUUUCAACGGUUCUUUGAAGUUGCCAAACUAUGUCAAGGAAAAUUUGAAGGUCUGCAUCUUGGGAGACCACAAUCACUGUGAAAAGGCAAAGGAACUCGGAAUCCCAUUCAGAACAGUCGAUGAUUUGAAGAACACCAACAAGAACAAGAAGAUUGUCAAGAAGUUGGCUGACUCUUAUGAUGCUUUCUUGGCUUCUGACUCAUUGAUUAAGAGAAUUCCAAGAUUGUUGGGUCCUGGUUUGUCCAAGGCCGGUAAGUUCCCUCUCGUCUUGGCUCAAAACGAUGAUAUCCCAUCCAAGAUUGAGGAAUUGAAGAAGACUGUCAAGUUCCAAUUGAAGAAGGAAAUUAACUUGGCAUCUGCUAUUGGUAACGUCAAGAUGAGCGAAGAUGAAAUUCAACAAAACGUUACAAUUGCAAUGAACUUCUUCGUUUCAUUGUUGAAGAAGAACUGGCAAAACGUUGGUUCAGUAACUAUUAAGCCAACUAUGGGUAAGCCACAAAAGAUUUAUCCAUAA